AUGCAGCAGCCUUGGAAGUUGCGCGUUCUUGCGCUGUGUCUUGCGACGUCGUUGUCGGGGGUUUCUGCGCAGGACUUUUCUACGUCGACAGGUACUGAGACUUCGACUGACUUGGGUUUCGUGGCGCCUUCAACUGAGGUUGCUCUGCCCGAGACAACCACUUCAGAAGCUGUUGUUGACCAACCUCCUUCGUCUGCCACUUCAGAAGCGCAAGUGGAGGUUCCUACCACUUCUGCGGAUGGGGACGCAACUCAGAUCAAUGUUGUUCCUGCUUCAAGCAACGAGAGUAGUCAGGCUGCAGAGCCUACGACAAAUGUUGCUCCACCAGUUGGAACAUCCGAGUCUACUGGUGCUGGUAUUGAGACAUCUUCUCAGCCCGAGCCGUUGCCUGAUACUGCUACCACCAACAAUGAGAUCCCCGUCAACACCGCCACUCGUCAUCCCGUGUUUCCCAACCCCAUCACACAAGAGACUGAGCCUGGAACCCAGUCCACCAACGUCGCCCCCGUUGAACAAUCCACAACAGAGCUCCCAAGUGUUGCAACUGAGGCUACUACUGACGCCACUGAUAUCCGACCCCCGCUUGUUUCUACUCAGACUGGCGGUGCACCUGUGGACCCGACCUCGACCGAACCUUCUGGUGUUCCUCUUGAGGCUACUACAGUUUCCACUGAUGCUGCAACUGGUAUCCAGCCGCCUGUUCCGUCUACCGGGUUGACUGAGGUCGCCGAGCCUACCACCCAGGCGACUGAGCCCACCACUCAGCUCCCCAUCCCAGACCCCACCACUGAAACCUCGGCAGCUGCUCAGCCUACAACCGAUGAGGCGGCACCCGAAGUCUCGACGGACUCUUCUCCCGCUCCCGUGACCGAGUCUACUACCGAGGUGAAGGCUCCUGAGGUUUCCACUUCUGAGGAGGCUCAAGUCCCUGUCGAGUCCACCACCGAUAAGGCUGAGCCCACGACCGAUGAGAAGCAAGACCCCGAGCCUACCACUGAGUCCGAAGAGGUUGAGAAGCCUACUACUCAGGCUCCUGGUCCUAAGCCCACGACGGAGGACGCUGGAUCAAACGAACCAACAUCGAAGAACGAACCUGGCCAGGCCGGUGCCCCCAGUGAGCCUGAGAAGACUACUGCUCCCCCCAAGCCUACCACCACUGAGGAUGGUAUCGUCACUGGCUCCAACGGCGCUGUAGUUACUUAUCUCCCUAAGCAGGACAAGGACUUCUCCGACUUCACUGGUACCACCACUACUACUGAUGAUGGUGGUGCUGCUAUUGUCAUAUUCCCUGGUGGGUGGUUCUGGAAGCCUUCUGGUAACCUCCCAGCUGGUAUCCUGCCCCCUCCUCCUGGUACCAACCCCGCUGGAGCCGGCGGUGGUACUCCUGGUGGUGGCGGCGAGGGAGAUGGUGAGGAUGACAAGAACGAGACUAAGAAGGAAGAUGAAGAUCAGUCUACCAAGGAGGAAGAGAAGUCAACUGCUGAGCCCUCGACAGCUGAGACCACCGCCAAGACCACUGAGGCCACCACCGCUACUGAGGCCACCACCGCUACUGAGGCUUGCUCCGCUGUUGAGAUCGAGGACUGCACCAGGACUAUCUCGUACUACACCACCGACGGAACGGUUACUCACACCGAAUUUGGUGACUGCCCUACCGUCGCUAGUUGCGCAACUGGCACACAAGCCACUGCCACCGAGACUGUGUCUGCUGAGGCCGAGGAGGGUGAGGAGCUUGAUAUAGAAGAGCUGGAGAGUGAUAUUCCAGAUGACUUUGACUCUGAGCCCGAUGAGGAGACUGUCGAAGCUGUUGAGGAUGCUUUGGAUGAGGGACUGGGUGUUGGAGCUACUACCACUCAAGAGCCUACUGCUUUGUCUACUGGUACUGAGGCCACUGGUGAGGCUACUUCCACUGACGCUGAGACUACCAGCGACACCAAGACGGGGGAGAAUUCUUCAGAAGCUACCACUGAGCGAACCACUACCAUUCCCAGCACCCUCAUCACAACUACCCGCAACACAGAGUCCUCCAAUGAGUCUUCUGGUACAACUUCCGACGGGACUACAACCAAGCUCACAUCUUCUGACAUGAUCACCUCUACUACUGCAACCACCACGAUGCGCACUUACUACCCCUGCAUUCCCCGCGGCGGCCCUCGCGUCGAGACUCCCUACUGUAACUGCGAGACCACCAGCGAUGGCGAGCGAUACGCCGUCACAGCGCCCAUGAUCUCAGGCCAGUGCGCAGACUACACUGAAUUCCCUAUGAGCUUGUACACAACACCCCCUCCUGCCCCCGAGCCCACUGUCUUCAAAGAGCCUUUCACCCGCACUGACGCUGGUACCGUUCUCGUUUACGAGUCCUACUCCCUUAGCUACUUCGCCGUCGACACCAUCAAAGUCACCGCCACCGUCGGCCUUGGCGAAGCAUCUACUGUGUCAACUCCUCUCCCCACCGCUAUGAACUGGAACGGCGACGGAUCAAGUAUCUGCAGCAGUGGAGACAAGAACGUGCGCAACGCUGUUGCUGGAGCUUGUGAAGCUGCGCUGAACAAGUUUGAGGAUGAUACCUUGUAUACUGAAUAUGUUUCUCGCUAUGAGCGCAUGGGAAGUAUUCUCAAGGUGCUCACUUUUGGAAAGGCUGGUUGUACGUUUCAGUUCUCUUGUGAUGACUAUGGUAUUGGAAUGAAAGGCAAGGACAUUAAGGAUCUGCGACGACAGCAGGAAGGGUUGACACGUUGUGGCAAUAUUGACUUGUCCAACUCGUGCAAGAUUCACAUCGACUACUGUACGGAAUGUCACAAUGACGGUUGA